AGGUCAGAUGAAGGCGUGAGAUCUACGUGUAUUUUUCCUCUAAGGUAGACGUAGAUACCAACGCAAAAAAUGAUGGCCCACCGUCAGUAAAGUAAUUGUCAGGUUACCUUCAAUUGUAAGAUUCCCCAGAUAACAAGUAGUUUCACCCCUCAAAGACUAAGAAGUACUCCCGAACUACAACUUGCUUGUUAGUGUAUCAGGAAAAUGGUCAUCCGUUCCGACGACGACGACAGCGAUGCCGAGAGCGUGCAGAAGCCGACGAAGAAGGCGCGGCUCGGGGGCGCGAAAACGACCUUCGUGAGCAAACAGGAGCGGGAAAAACGCGAACGGGAGGAAGCGGACAAGGAGCGCGAGGCGCAGCGCCGGCGAGAGCAGGAGGCAACGAGGAAACGAAAACAGUUCCUCUUUGCCGACCCGCGGGAUGCGGAGCGGCAGCGCGAGCGCCAGGAGCGCGAGUUCCAGCGAAAAAUCCGUGAGCAGGAGAGGGCAACGAAGAUGGGCAACAAUCCGAAUAACAUCCCUCUCGGAAACGGCGCCUCCGCUGCGGACGGCGUCGCGGUGGGGAACGGGAAAGCCUCGUCCAGCAAGGCGCCGCCGAAACAGGUGGAGGUGAAGAAGGCACAGAGCACGUUGCGCGACCUGGGGCUCUUGUCGAACGAGCAGUACGAAUCUGCCGCUUCAAGCGUGAAAACGGGGGCGGAGGGGACGGUAAGUUUUGUUUUGUUUUGUCUUGUCUUGUUUGAUUUCCGUUUUUCCUUAAACACGUGCUUGGCACCAGUUGGGCAACAUGGUGGAAAAACUACCAGAGCUACAGCAGGCACGAUUCUUUUGAUUAAGGGGGAAAUAAUUUCUACUGACCACAACUUAUUUCCCUACCGCAGGCCAACAGCGCGGAACUUUGGCAGUUGAAGAAGAACUAUCUGGGACUACGGGACGAAAAGCGGAAACUGCAGAAACCGUCUGAGAAGUUUCGCAACAUUUUCAACUUCGAGUGGGCAGCCGACGACGACACGUUUCGGGGAGACACGAACGAACUGUACACGAAGCGGCCCGAGCCGCAGCUUCUCUUCGGCCGCGGGUAUCGGGCUGGGAUGGACGUUCGUGAACAGCGCAAAACCAAUAUCGUAAGGAAAAAUCCCCCCUCCCCAUAUCAAAAACGUAUCCGUCUGAAAAUUUGUGAUGCGCAUUUGCGACCUCAAAUCCUGUCUGUCUUGCAAGAAGGCAAGUCCAGAAAGCAUUCCGCAUUUUGCAGGCGGUUUGUGAUGCUGUUUGGCUUAGAGCAUACACGUUUGUCAUGCUAGGUGCCUACGUCAAAACCUCUUCCCUGAGGCUUGACAUAUGCCAGCAUUCCUCUACUGCAAGACAAAUCUGACUUGUGUAUGGAAAUCCAGCAUCAGAAACUUCGUUUCGAUAUGGGGAGGGGGGAUUUUUCCUUUUGAUAGCCAACACCUUCUACGAAAACAUGAUCUCCGUUCGAGCCGAGGCCACGGGGGAGGAGGUACUUGCAACUUUUUCUACCGUUUGUUUCACUUGUUUUGCAUGAUCGUCACGAAAUGGGAAGAUGGUGGUCAGUGAUGGACCACACAGUGGGAACUUCGUUAUUGUUUCUGUUGUUAUCAUGCUUAGUGUUAAGUUCACAAUUAAUUGAACCGCUCUUCAGGUGGGAAGUUUCCUGUCCAACCGUGAGGCGAUGCUGCAGAAGAAGGAGGACCGUGCGAAUGCGGACGACGAGAAGCACUGGAGCGCGAAGCCGGUGAGCGAAAUGACGGUGCGCGACUGGAAGAUCUUCCGGGAGGACCACCAAAUCGUUCUCCGGGGCGGCCGCGUGCCGCCGCCCAUGCGGAACUGGGCCGAGGCCCCGCUGCCCGUGGAAUUACUAGACGCCGUGAAUAAGUGCGGGUACACCGCGCCCACCCCGGUGCAGAUGCAGGCGAUCCCCGUCGCCUGCGCGCUGCGCGAUUUGAUCGCCAUCGCGGAAACGGGUAGCGGGAAGACGGCCGCGUACGCGCUGCCGCUGUUGCGCUACCUCCACGACCUCCCGCAGUUGGACAACGAGAGCGCGCAGAUGGGUCCGUACGCGGUCAUUCUGUGUCCGAGUCACGAGCUGGCGUUCCAGAUUGAGACGGAAGUGGGGAAGUUUAAGCACUUCAUUCCCCACAUUCGGACAGUGACCUUGGUCGGCGGGCAGGGCGGGCGGGACGCCGAGAAACAGGCGUUCGAGAUCCGCAACGGGGUGGAAUUGGUCAUCGCCACGCCCGGUCGCUUGGUUGACGCCAUCGACAAGCGCCACACGGUGCUGCACCAGUGCAAUUACGUCAUUUUAGACGAAGCAGACCGGAUGAUCGCGCCAGGUAGAAAGAAGACGAUCGCUUUUGUUUUGUGAUGAAGAACCUACUCUGUUCUGCAGAUUCAUCCGUGUUUGUAUCUAUCAUGUGAGAUUUGCGAAAAAGCGUUGUUUCAUCAAUCUGUAAACUUAUGAGAACGUCGAUUCUACUUUCAGGUAUGCAAGAGUACCUGUACCGCACCCUGGACGCGAUUCCGUCGACAAAUUUGAAGGCCGAGUCUGAAGACGCGGCGGUGAAACAGGAGCUGGAACUGCUCGCAGGCCACAGAAAAUUUCGCAUUACGCAAAUGUACGGCGCUACCAUCCCGCCACCGCUGGAGCGCCUCGCGCGAAAAUACUGUCGACACCCGAGCGUCAUUCAGGUAUGGAAUUUGUUUUUGAGAUAGUUUUUGUUUAAGUCGAAAAUGCAUUUUUGAAGCGAGGGGAAGUCGAAACUGUAGCGCUGAUUAAGUACCUCUAUCGCGAUUACGCUUGUCAGUUUCAAUCAUGUCAUUGUUAUUUAUCCUUCUACAGGUCGGCGAUCCAUCCGGCGGGAACAAGAACAUUGAUCAGCGUGUCAAGAUGAUGCAGGAUGCGGACAAGCGCAAGGAGUUGGAGAACCUGAUCAAGUCGGAGGACUUUGAGGUGCCGGCCAUGGUGUUUGUCAACCAGAAGCGCGCCGCCGACGUGCUCGCGAAGUGGCUGGACAGCAUCGGCAAACGGGCGGGAAAGCUCCACAGUGGCAUGCUGGCGAGCGACAGGUACAGAUUUGCUCAUAGAUGCUAUGUAUUUUCGUGUGUUGUUUGCUUUAGGUUCUACUCGGGUGAAGCAUUUUUAGAAGCGGAGUAGGCACGUGUGCUGGUCGUCUUCACUUUUGCCGUUUGCAGGUUAGUACAGUGAGGGACUGUUAUCUUGCUGAAAAAUUCAUUUCAAUUUCCCAACUCAACAGGCAAGCUGCACUGGAAAAGUUCAAGGGCGGACAGUUGGAUUUCCUCAUCGCCUAUCAAAUGUAAAAAUGUCUGGGUCUGGAAGAAUGCGCCUUGUCAUGCUAAAUCUGCAGCAUGCAAAAAUCUGUGUUGCAUGAUUACCAAAAGUCGUCCAGUUUUGACCAAGUCGGGAGGUAGUUUCUCAUGCAGGAUAGGCAUUAGAAAGGUCUCGCAGACUCUGUCGUGCUAGGUCCUGCAUUCCAGACCUCCCUCAUGGGUCAUGGAAAAGCAGCAUGACAAAUCGCGCACUCUUCCAGACCCAGACAUUUUUACAUUUGAUAUCGCCACCGACGUCGGCGCCCGCGGUCUGCACGUGGAGGGGCUCCCGCACGUGAUUUGCUUCGACAUGGCGACAAGCAUCGACGAGUACAAGCAGCGCAUCGGGCGAACGGGUCGUCUCGGCAAGAAGGGAAUUUCCACCACGUUCCUCACCCCGGCCGACGAGGGGCUGUACUUCGAACUGAAGGAAUUCUUGAUCGCGUGCGAGAAGCAGGUGCCCCACGAGCUGUCUUCGCACGAAGCCGCCAAGGUGAAGCCCGGGACAAUCACCGAGUCCGGCCACAUGGCCGGCGCAAAGACAAAUGUGGUCUACUCCAGCACUUUUCGCGGCUAGGAGUCGGGAGGGUGCUUUUCGUCCGUGCCGACAAGAAUUCGUCUUGUGGUAUUUUGUACGUACUACUAAAACAAGCGACAAUUCAUGAUCAAGGGCAGUUCCGUAGAAAGGCUCUGGCGAUAGAGUCUGACAUUGAUUGUAGCGAUCAAUUUCAUGAUCGCCGCCAACUACACCCUUGCGGUUUCACUUUUUCAAAAAAAGCACGCUACGCCGCGAGUUUUCCCGACGACACGUAUUCUGAUCGGUUGUUUUGCUUCGCGGUGCAGUGCGAGCGAGCAGGUAUCUAAAUCAAGGGUCAUAGUACCCUCUAUGGCGGUGUUCGCGUUACCAUUUGGAACAAUCGACGAAUGAAUAAAGAAGAAAAUGUCUCCUAACUACAGUGUGUCGCAUCCUCGUCCUCUCGUCCUUGUGAAUCGCAAUCGUCUAUCGAUCUUACAUUAGAAGUCGCAGGAGACGCCACGGUGAGCGAGGGCCUUGACUGCUCGAGAAUUGAAAAGGGGGCUUGCGAGUGAUCCGCUUCCGUUGACAUCGAUAACAAGAUUUCGUUGGUGUCUUGUUCGUAGUAGUACAGAGGCUGGAUAGAAGCCGAACUGACAGAGAAGAAGUACUUCACCUCCAGUUCACUAGGAGCCUAAACAUUAGUAGAAAAAA